CGACACACAACUAACCCGCAGCCCGCCCUCAAGAUGAAGUACAUCCACUCCGAGGAACUGCUCGAAAUCCCCGAGGGGGUCAAGGUCUCCAUUAAGACCAGGAAUGUCGUCGUCGAGGGCCCCCGAGGCAAACUGUCAAAGUCGCUCGGUCACUUGGCUGUCAGCUUCUCUCACCCCAAGAAGAACACCAUCAAGAUUGAGCUUCACCACGGCUCGCGCAAGAGCGUCGCCACGAUCCGAACUGUCCGCUCUCUCAUCAACAACUUGAUCAUUGGUGUCACCAAGGGCUUCAAGUACAAGAUGCGAUACGUCUAUGCCCAUUUUCCCAUCAACGUCAACAUUGAGAAGAACAAGGAGACCGACGUGUACGAAGUCGAGAUCCGUAACUUCAUCGGCGAGAAGAUCGUCCGAAGGGUCAACAUGAGACCCGGUGUCACCGUUGAGAUCUCCGCGAACCAGAAGGAUGAGCUCCAGCUCACCGGAAACUCUCUCGAGGACGUCUCCCAGAGCGCCGCCGACAUCCAACAGAUCUGCCGUGUCCGCAACAAGGAUAUCCGAAAGUUCUUGGACGGUCUUUACGUGUCGGAGCGGGGCAACAUUGAGGAGGAGGCGAGCUAGACGGUUUCUUGGGCGCUUUCUUACGGGCAUAUGGACUUUUCU